UUAAUUAUAAUAUAUCUCAGUGCGCACACGCCUUAUUAAAGCGUCAAUUAAUCUUCAGUCUCCAAAGCUCGUGGCGCCGGCGUCAGUCUCGAUUCGCCGAUGUCGCGACGCGCAUGCUCGGGCGCAGUGACGUGAGUGCCAAGUGUUGUGCUAUGAUUUAUCUGUGAUAUUGCAUUAGGAUUUACAAUAUGAAGUGUGUUUUAUUGAUAAGUGUUUGUUCUCUACUAAUUGCCACAGCUUCCAUAACAUAUGACGAAUACAACGUUUUGCAGCAAACCAUAUUUGCGGCUCACGCAAUGGGCAGCGAAGAUGUGGAAGAUCUCACUAAACCUCCCUAUAAAAUAGAUAAACCAGUGUCGGUUGACAUUUCAAAGCUUUCCCUGGCAAAUAAAACACUAUUUUAUCCACUGAUGCUACACGCAGUGUUCAAUUUGACAAGAUACAAAACAUCGAAUCUAUUCUCUAUAACCGAUAAAACUGGUUAUCAUAUAAAAUUUAUGUUGACUCUGAAGGCGAACCCUAGAAACUUGAACGAAUUUAUAUUGAAAAGUGACAGUUUCUCGAAUAAGACUAUUAGUUUUAGAAAAAAAAUGAAUUUGAUAAAUAAAUGGACAAAUGUUUCUUUCUACAUACAACAUGACAAAGUGUCUUUUUGGCUGGAUUGUGAAAAGAGAGAGCCGGAUUUGGAAGGAAGUGGUUUAGUGUUUCACGAUAUUGAUUUGAAUGAUGAUUAUCAAGUACAUUUGAGUGACGCGGUGCAUCCUUUCCACGGUCAAAUUCAAGAUAUAAAAAUUUUCGUAGGCGCUGAAGAAAGUAUUAUAGAUAAUAUAUGUAAAUCUGCUGGUAAACCGCCUGGGGGUUAUGGUGGGCCAAUAGCAGCAAGUCUUAUCGCUGAAAGGCCCGUAAGUGGAGAAUUUUCAUUUUUAUUUUUCUGAUUGGCUUUUUUUCAAUUGGCUGUAAUAAUUGUCUGCUUAAUGUGACCAUCUAUCCCAUCUAUGCUCGAUGUCAAACCAUUGGCGAUCAGCGAGU